ACUAAUCUGUCUUCCUCUUCCUUUUUCCUGUGGUGUGUACUUGGGAGAGAUUCCACAAUGGCUCAGAAAGUCCAGAAAUUCGUUGCUAAAGUCCCCACGCUUCUCGGUGCCGCUGUCACAUACUCCAAACCCCGGCUAUCGACCUUCUGGUACUACGCCAAGGUGGAGCUGGUCCCCCCAUCCCCUUCUGAGAUCCCCACAGCUAUAGAGGCCGCCAAAGGUCUGGUCAAGAGCUACCAGACAGGACGCCUCGGACGAACCACAGUCAAAGAUGCUUUGAGGAAUGGACUUGUGACUACUGAGGUGUUGAUGUGGUUCUUCAUCGGAGAGUGCAUCGGCAAAGGAGGCUUGAUUGGAUACAAUGUCUAAAUGAAUUUCUUCCUUUCACAAGGGCUGGGCAAUAAAUCAAGAAGAAAAUAUAUGACGAUAUAGAACACGAUCAAGAACAAUAGGAAUUACGUUCAAUAGAGUUUAUUAAUUUCAUGUUAUUUUAGAUAUUUAAAACAAACUAAUUAAUAAUUAUCAACUGAUAUUAAACACCUAUAUCGUGAUAAUGUUUGUCAGCUAUAUUGCCCAGCCCUACUUCUGAGUAUCACAUUCUGAAUAAAUUCCAACUAAUUGUUAAAUAAAAUCAUUGAAUCAG